UUCAAGCACUGUUUGUAUCUGCUUUUUCUUUUAUUUUAUUUUUUAUUUUCAAGCUUUCCUUGUGAAUGAGCUGAUUUGGGCCUUGCUUGGCUGGGUUUUCUUCUGUGAUAUUAGUUAUGGAGAUCUUAACUGAAUUUGGUUUUCUAUUGUUAAAUCCCGGGGCGUAACGAAUAAUGGGUUCUGUGCAACAUUUGAAAUUUUUGUUCCUGCGUUGGAAUCUUGGAUUCAUUUCUGCAUUGGUGUGUUCAAUUGAAGUUCGUGUUGUGUUCUCGUGUUUUGCUUCUUGGGAUCUUUCUAUUUGUUAUCACACGAGGCAUUUUUGGUUUUCCCUCUAAUCUACGAUUUCAUCUUUGUUCAAAUACAUAUCGUGAGAAAAAUGUGAUUUUUGGGAUUUGUCUGGGUAGUUGGUUGAAGGGAUUACGAUCUGAAAUCGUGUCUCUUGCUUUGUUGACGUUUCUGGGUAUUGAUUAUAUUGCUCGUGCUGUGAUGCGUGUUUCAGUUUAUGCAAAGAAAGAAAGAAGAAGAAAAAUAAAAAAUAAAAAUUGGGACUUGUGAAAUGAAUUUCAAAACUUCUGUCUGAACAGGCUCUUGAUUUUGCUGUGCAGAGAGAUGUUGGACGGUCGUUCGUGUGUUGUUCCGAGGUUGUUUUCUAGCUCAUGCCAGUCAGAGAACGACUGGUCUUACAUGAAGUACCUUCUGGACUUGGAUAUCAAAAAUGGCAAGCGCCCUAUGGAAAUUGAUGCCGAGGAUGAGCCCCAGCCAAGGAAGUGUAAUAAGAUUUUGGAUUCUUGCCAUAGAGUUGAAACAGCUCCAAUUUCGUUUCAACAGCAGUCUUGUCAUGCUAAGGAUUCUGUUAUUCUCCAAAUGGAUCAAGAGACCAUAUUGAGUAUUUGUCAAGGAGUUGAAGAAGUUGGAGAUUGGACUGACCAGCUACCUGCUGAACAAGUUCAGCAGAAUGAUGGUGAUUCAAUGGAAUUUGGUGAUCAUCAAUCUGAUAAACAGAAGCAUGGUCAGCCAAAGGAUUCAUCAGAUUCUGGUAUUCAGCUAUCAGAUGAACGGCAACAGCAGCAGCAGCAGCAGCAGCAUGUUGAGAAUUUAUUGAAUUCAAGUGACCAGCAAUCUGAUGAGCUGCAACAGCACAAUCAUGCUGGGGAUUCAUCAGAUUCUGGUUCUCUUUUGCCACGCAUGAACCGAGACAGCUCAAUCGCCUGUCUCAGCCGCUGUUCAAGGUCUGAUUAUGGCUCUCUUGCCUCACUGAAUAGGAGCUUCCGUAACACAAUCCGAAGUGGUGAGCUCUAUAAAUGGAGGAGACUAAAUGGUAUCAUGGAACACUGGGUUUAUUUUUCAUGUGCCCUCCUUGAAUGGGAAGCUUAUGAUCCAAUUCGACAACGAUGGAUGCAUUUACCAAGGAUGGCUUCCAAUGAAUGCUUCAUCCUUGGGGAGAUUGCAAUAUUAGCUGGUGGCUGUGAUUCAGAGGGACGUAUCCUUGACUCCGCGGAACUAUACAAUUCUGAGACUCAAACAUGGGAAACACUCCCAAGUAUGAGAAAACCCAGGAAGAUGUGUUCUGGGAUAUUUAUGGAUGGAAAAUUUUAUGUGAUUGGGGGAAUUGGGGGAAGUGAUUCCAAGCUUCUGAUGUGUGGAGAGGAAUACAAUUUACAGACUAGAACAUGGACAGAAAUUCCUAACAUGUCCCCAGGACGUAGUAGUAGGGCGUCUGAGAUGCCUGCAACGGCUGAGGCACCACCUCUGGUUGCAGUUGUAAAUAAUGAAUUGUUUGCUGCUGAUUAUGCUGACAUGGAGGUUAAAAAAUAUGACAAGGAUAGAAAAUUGUGGUUUACAAUUGGGAGACUGCCUGAACGCGCAGUGUCGAUGAAUGGUUGGGGUCUUGCAUUCAGGGCAUGUGGAAAUAGGCUUAUUGUCAUUGGUGGACCUAGGACUCAUGGUGAGGGAUUCAUUGAACUCAAUUCAUGGGUGCCUAGUGAAGGACCUCCACAAUGGCAUCUGCUUGCCAGAAAACGUUCUGGUAACUUUGUUUACAAUUGUGCUGUGAUGGGAUGCUGAAGCAUUGAAUUGUGAAAGUUACUCAUUUUGAUGCUUCAAAUUCAACGAGUCACACAACAUUGAUUGAUCCAUUGACACAGGAUUCUUGCUAAUUGGUACUUUCCCCCUUCUUUCUUUCUAAGAUAUUUUCCUUUCAAAGCUGGGGGAUGAUGGGGAAGAGAUUCAGAUAUUACUCAAGAUUGGCUGAAAAGUUUUCUGGGGAGGAGCUCUUCUGUCUUUUAUUUUAAUUUUUAAAAUUUCAAUCACUAUUUUGUUCUAUUGAGAUUGAUAUCUUCCCCCAUUUUCGUUGACAUGAGAUUUUUGAAAGCUUGGUAUCAUGUAGCAAAGGAAUAGGUUAAAUAAUUGAAGUUACAACACAAAUUUAGGUUACUGGUGUUGUUCGUUUAAGUUUUUAAGAACACACAACUAGAUAUUCGAUUUUCAUGACCAAAAUUUCUUAUCUUGAAGGAAUGCAAUAAUUUUCUGAGUUGUUUUUAUUAAUUUUGGUUUACGUAUUGAUUCAAUUUUCCAUUUGUGCUUUCUCUAGUCUGGAAAGUAGUAUGUGACCAUUCCAUUUAUUACUUGCUGCUGAUAUAACAUGUGAUCAUAAAUUGUUUUUCUAUGAUGGAUAUGAUACGAAACCUCAUGGAUGUCAAAGCUGAAAAUGUGGGAAAAUUUCCAUUCAUAAACUGCGCAAGCUUCAAGGAAAAAUUAAUUUGCUUUUUCUGUUGAAACAAUAAUCAGUGAUUAAUUAUUUGUUCUCUUAAAAAUCAUUAUUGAACUUAUGGAGGAUAAAGUUGUUUAAUGUGUGGUUAACAGCUAAAUGCUUGUAACUACGGAUCAACCAUAUUUAUUUGAUGAAAGUGCUACCGAAUCAUUCAGCCAUAAUUUCUAUGUUGAUUGCAGGCCCUCCAGCAAAGAAGCUUUUUGUUGUCUAAAUUGCAUGAACCAUAUUUUGGCCUUUAUUUUUCAAGAGUAUCUUAUACAUGAAGAUGCAGUUGAAAACUUGAAAUUAAAAUAUGCUUACAUCUAAUUUGUCCUAUUCCUAUUAAAUAUAGUUAUUGGAUCUUUCUAAUUGUAUGUAUGUGACAAUGGUCCAGACUAUAGUGGGAAACUCAUCUACCUGGCACUGCAGAGUUCCUUUAAAUAUUUAGUUGGGUAGUUGAC